UGCAAAGCACAAAUUUCCUUUGACCGAAUACUUAAGCUCCUCGUAAAUUACAUCCCAAAACUAUAAAGCCUAACUAUUUAUCCUAACUCAAAUAAUCAUAUCAUAUUAUGGUAUGAGAUGGUCACACACCACACAACAGCAGUGUGCUCUCAUAUUCCGUUCUCUUCUCCGACAAUGCGCCCGCGCCUCCGCCGUCCGCCCCGGCGAGCAACUCCACGCCGCGGCCACCGUCUCCGGCCUCCUCUUCUCCCCCUCCAGCUUCCUCCUUAACGCCCUCCUCCACCUCUACGCCUCCUGCCCCCUCCCUUCCCACGCCCGCAAACUGUUUGACCGAAUCCCCCACUCGCACAAGGACUCCGUCGACUACACCGCCCUCAUCCGCUGCUCCCACCCCCUUGAUGCCCUCCGUUUCUACCUCCAAAUGCGCCAGCGCGCCCUCCCCCUCGAUGGGGUGGCCUUAAUUUGCGCCCUCGGCGCGUGUUCCAAGCUUGGGGACAGCAACCUCGUGCCUCAAAUGCACGUGGGUGUGGUGAAGUUUGGGUUUUUGAGGCACACCAAGGUUUUGAAUGGGGUUAUGGAUGGUUAUGUGAAGUGUGGGCUUGUGGGUGAGGCUAGAAGGGUGUUCGAGGAGAUUGAGGAGCCUAGUGUUGUGUCUUGGACUGUGGUGUUGGAAGGUGUGGUUAAAUGUGAGGGUGUGGAGAGUGGGAAAGUAGUGUUUGAUGAAAUGCCUGAGAGAAAUGAGGUUGCUUGGACUGUAUUAAUAAAAGGGUAUGUUGGAAGUGGGUUUACAAAGGAGGCUUUUUUGCUUCUUAAAGAGAUGGUUUUUGGUAACCAACAGGGAUUGAGUAUGGUAGAAAGGGCUAGUCACCUGGAAGUUUGUGGUAACCCACGGGAGUUGGGUCUAGCGGAAGGGGCUAGUCUCCCACAACAUAGUGAAUCAAGAUUUGAAUCCUCGCAGGGAGAAAUAUCCACAUUCAGUGUUCGAGAGUGUGUUGAACAUGAUUGCUUCCGAAGAAACAUACCUCUGCGGAACCAAAAGGAAAAUGAGAAGGUUUUUGGUUGUGGGUUUGGGUUUGGGUUGAAUUCGAUUACUUUGUGUUCUGUUUUGUCUGCUUGUUCUCAAUCUGGGGAUGUGAGUGUGGGAAGGUGGGUUCAUUGUUACGCUGUUAAGGCUGUGGGGUGGGAUUUGGGUGUUAUGGUGGGGACAAGUUUGGUUGACAUGUAUGCCAAAUGUGGGAGGAUAAGUGCUGCUUUGAUGGUGUUUAGGCAUAUGCCAAGGAGGAAUGUGGUGGCAUGGAAUGCCAUGCUUUGUGGGUUGGCCAUGCAUGGUAUGGGGAAGGUUGUGGUGGAGAUGUUUGCUUGCAUGGUGGAAGAGGUGAAGCCUGAUGCUGUGACUUUCAUGGCUUUGUUAAGUUCUUGCAGUCAUUCGGGUCUAGUUGAACAGGGUUGGCAGUAUUUUCAUGAUCUUGAGCGUGCUUAUGGGAUCAGGCCAGAAAUUGAGCACUAUGCUUGCAUGGUGGAUCUUCUUGGUCGAGCUGGACGUUUGGAAGAAGCUGAGGAUUUGGUGAAGAAGUUGCCAAUUCCUCCAAAUGAAGUUGUUCUGGGGUCCCUUUUGGGUGCUUGUUAUGCACAUGGUAAGUUGAGGCUGGGGGAGAAGAUUAUGAGAGAGUUGGUUCAGAUGGAUCCCCUCAACACAGAAUAUCAUAUCCUGCUUUCAAACAUGUAUGCAUUGUGUGGAAAAGCAGACAAGGCAAAUUCCCUUAGGAAGGUUCUUAAGAAUAGGGGUAUCAGAAAGGUGCCAGGAAUGAGCUCAAUAUAUGUAGACGGCCAACUUCAUCGGUUCAUCGCUGGGGAUAAGUCACACCCAAGAACUGCAGAUAUUUACAUGAAGCUUGAUGACAUGAUUUGCAAGCUGAGGUUGGCUGGCUAUGUUCCCAACACGAAUUGUCAGGUUCUGUUUGGUUGUUCCAAUGGCGAUGAUUGCAUGGAAGCAUUUGAGGAGGUAGAACAAGUGUUGUUCACUCAUAGUGAGAAGCUAGCACUUUGUUUUGGCCUAAUGAGCACACCAUCCAGUUCUCCCCUAUGCAUUUUCAAGAACUUGAGGAUAUGCCAGGAUUGUCAUUCUGCUAUUAAGAUUGCUUCUGAUAUAUACAAACGUGAAAUUGUUGUCCGAGAUCGUUAUCGUUUUCAUAGUUUCAAGCAAGGUUCUUGUUCUUGCUCUGACUAUUGGUGAAUUACCCUUUCACCUGACAGACCCUUUUUGGACCAGCAGAUUGAAGUUUCAUUAAUCAGGAUUAAGGAGAAUAACUAGGCUUACAAAUUAGAUAUAUUAUUUUUGUACAAUCCUUUCUACAAUAAUAUCCUUUUUCUCUAUCACAUUCUUCGUUAUUUUUAUUUCUUUCUUUCUGUAUAAAUCUCAAUUGGGUAAUGGAUUUGCUCAAGUUUACCAUGGUAAGAGCAGUCCAAAAAUAAAUUUCAUCAAUAUAAUAUAUUUCCAUUUUAAAA